AUGUCAUUAGUAAACAUUUUACCAAACUUUAGUGGUAAAGAAUGUGAAAUGCCAACUAAAUUUAUUAUUGAAUUCGAAAUUCUCGCAUCAGGCCUUGUUGGCAAUAGUGAUGAAUAUUUACUUCGUGCAUUUCUACAGUCAUUAUCUGAAACUGCACUUACGUGGUAUAUUCAAACACAACUAGAACAACCUGUCAAUAGUUGGACACAAUUUAAACAAUUAUUUAUUCGCCGAUUUCGAACUCCAGAAAAAAUCGAAUCUUUACGUGGUCGAUUACGUUCAUUGUGGCAGAAUGAUAAUGAACCAACUGCUGACUAUUUUUAA